AUGUGUUAACAAGAAAUUGAAUCCUCUUUUUGUUCAGAGCAUAAGUUAAACAAUAAAAAAAAAGAAUAAAACUAAAAUAGAAUAACAAUCGAUUAGAUUCCAAAUGUAUAAAUGUUUAAUUUGAAAUUAUUAUAGAAAGUUUUACUAAAUUGUAAUUGCCAACUUUCUACAGAUCCAAAACAAACAAAAUGUUAAAGCAUCCCAAAGUGUAAAUAUUAAUUGAAGAAUGAGUUAAGCUAAUUACUCGAAAUUACCUUAUAUAAAUAAUUUAAUGAGAUAAGCCAAGGAGACUCAAGUAUUGAAGCUAUCGCAUAUAAAAAAUUAAUCAAUUUCAUAAGAGAUUAUAAUUCAAUGAAAGAUCAAAAUGAAUAAUUCAGGUUUAAACUCAAAAUAACCAAUAAAAGCCAAGAAAUACUAGAUUAAGAUAAAUAUUAUGAACCAUUAAUUGAGAAUUAUCCGAAAAUUGCAAUUGAAUUAGAGCAAUCUCCAGAAAAUUAUUCAGAUGAUAGUUUUAUAAAAAUUGCUAUUAGUCUAUAAAAUUAAUUAGAUUAGGUAUCAUAUAUUAAAUACACUAGAUUCUGGAUGGAGAAGAAACUUUUUUUUUUUUUUUUUUGAAUUAAGGGAUCGAUUUCUCAAUUCAGUAAUCUAUUUAAUUUUUGCAGAAAGCAAAUUAAAGAGAAAUGGAGACUUAUUGCUAAUAAACCUAGGGUAGUACAUAUAGAUAUAAAGUAAAGAGUGAUGCUUAUAAAAUAAGUUUAAUCUCUAUUCAAAAAAAUAGAUUGGAUUUUGAACCUUUGAAGAAAGACAAUCUAUAAUUUUUAACCUUUUACCUUAAUGAAAAAAAAAUAGAAACAUAAUAAAGUCACAAUACAAGUGAUAUUAGUUACAAUAUUCCUAUUGAGAAUUCAUUAGAAUCAAUAAAAGUAGCUUUAAAGUAUUUUGUAAAGGAAAAAUUAAAAGAAUUUUAGCCGCGUAUAAUAAUUUUUUUUUUUGAAAUUUCCAGCAAUUUAAUUAUAGAUCCAUAUGUGUUUUAUGAUUUAGUUAAAUCAUUUCAUAAAAUUACUUAAGGAAAAUUAAUAAUAAUACCAAAAAUUGAUCCAGAUAUUAUAUCUAAUUAAAGUAAGGCAAUUUAAAAGUAUAUUGAAUGCACAAAUUAUUGUUUUUUGGGAUGUCUAAAAAAUUUGCCAAAAAAAAAAUUAAAUUAAGAUAGAAUAAUAGAAUAUUAUGAAAAAUUAUACCCUUAUUUUGUUGAAAAAAACAUGAAAUAAAAAAAAGAAUUUUAUUAAAGAUAAUUAACGGCGCUUUAAAUUCAAAAACCAAGAGUUAUUGAAAAAUAAUCUAGAUAAAAUCUACAUAGAGAAUUUCCGCUGAUUGAUAAGGAUGGAAGUUUAGCAUUUUUAGAUUUAGAAUAAGAUUUUGACAUGGAUUAAAAUUAAUAUUUUGUAGAAUACAGCUAAAAUCAAAAUGAAGAAUAUGAUGGAUUUUUAAUAUUGAUUGAGACCAAUAGAAUUUAAGUAAUUUAUUUCUGUGAAAAAAAAAUAGAAUAAAUUAAAAAUUCUAGACAAUAAAAUAAUUAAAAACUCUAAAUAGUUAAAAGGAAGCAAUUUUCAUUACCUAAAUAUUUUAAUGGUGUAUAUUUUUUCGAUGCUGAAUAAAAUGCUUUAAUAUAUUUUUUUGGUUUCACUGAAAAUGAAGAAUUCAGAAGUGAAAUUUAAUUUCUGGAAAUAUAAAAUUAUUAGCCUGAAUGGGAAAUUGUUUAAUUUUAAAAUUAUAAUAAAAGAAUAGAUGAUGGUUCUUAUUAUGAUUACAAAUAAAUAAUUAAAUUAAUUAGUAGAAGAAAAUAAUUUUCGGUCACAAAAAAUAGAAUCGAUGGUUUUAGUAAUUAGGAUAAGAAUACUUAUGUUUGUAUAGGAGGGACAUUUUUUGAUGAUAAUUGCAAUUAUGGAUGCAUUAUAUAGGAAGUAGUUAUUGCAUUUAAAUUAAAAGUUUAUUAUACUAAAAUAGUGGAGAAAUCAAAAAUUGAUAAAUUUUACAAAGAAUGCCCAAACGCAUUGUUAAUUAGAAUGAAUGAUGCAUUUGUUCUAUAUUUUGAAAAAAAUGGAAAUUUGAACACUAAUAAUAUAAAUCCCUCUAUAACAAAAAUAUGUUUUUGGAAAUCAAGGUAACAUUUAAUUCAAACUAUAAAAAUUAAUUUUAAAGACACUCAAUCUUAACAUUUGUUUUUAAAAUUCCACUAAUAAUUUUUAUCUAAUUAAAGAAAUAUAAGAUUGUGUCAAAUUAAUUAAUAAAUUGAAAAUAUGUUACAUUUUAGAGUACUGAUAGAGGAUAAGACAAUAUUAAAAUAACCCCCUUUAAGUGAAAAUAAAAUACAUCUUAGAAAAUUCUUUAUUCUUACAACCACAUUUUUUUCUUUGAAAAAUGAUAUUCAUAUAGAUUGCAAAUAAUUUUUAGUCAAUUUUCAUCCUUUUUUAAAAACAAUUUAGGAUAUUUAAUCAGAACCUUAAUAGGAAUUAUUUUAAGAUGUAAAAAUUUUUAAAAAUUUAGUUAGUAGAAAAUUUAAAAAAUACUUUCAUUUUCCAUUAUAAAGAAUGUGAUCAUUAAUAUAUCUUAUGUUAUGUAGAUUCGACCAAAAAAGUAGAAUUUAAAAGAUUUGUUUUCUAUGAUCCUAAAACAUAAGAAAAUGACGAUUUUAGAGAUUAUUAAGAAAUUGUAUAUUAGGAUUGGGCAUAUUCUAAGAUAUAUGUAAUAAGAAAAUAAAUUACAUUUACUGAUUGCAAUUUAAUUAUAUAUGAAUGGUAAUUUAUUAUAAAUUAUAUUUAGCCACAAUAUAAAUUUUUAAGAUGCAAAAGAAUUAACAGAUGACAUUUUACACUAAAUUCCAAUUCAACAAUUAUAUAAAAUAUCUGAUUUCAAAAGUUCCUAUUAAUUGAUUGGCUUUCAUGUUGAAAUAAAAGAAAAUGAAAGCUUUGAAGGAGUAAUUUUAACAAAUAAAAAUUGGUAUUAAGUAGUUAAUCAAAAAAAAAAGAUAAGCCAUACAUAAAAUAAACAUAGUAAAGCAUUAAACGUUAAUACACAAUAAAAAUUUGUAUUUCUUAAGAUCAAGUAAUCAUAUUAUCUUUUUUAUAAACGAUUAUAAUUUUAAUAAGCAAGUGUAAAUAAGGUUUCUUAAAAUAUUGUUGAACUAAAAUAUUUGUUUUUAGAUUCAAAUCUUUAAUUUGUUACUGGAAANAAUUUGAACACUAAUAAUAUAAAUCCCUCUAUAACAAAAAUAUGUUUUUGGAAAUCAAGGUAACAUUUAAUUCAAACUAUAAAAAUUAAUUUUAAAGACACUCAAUCUUAACAUUUGUUUUUAAAAUUCCACUAAUAAUUUUUAUCUAAUUAAAGAAAUAUAAGAUUGUGUCAAAUUAAUUAAUAAAUUGAAAAUAUGUUACAUUUUAGAGUACUGAUAGAGGAUAAGACAAUAUUAAAAUAACCCCCUUUAAGUGAAAAUAAAAUACAUCUUAGAAAAUUCUUUAUUCUUACAACCACAUUUUUUUCUUUGAAAAAUGAUAUUCAUAUAGAUUGCAAAUAAUUUUUAGUCAAUUUUCAUCCUUUUUUAAAAACAAUUUAGGAUAUUUAAUCAGAACCUUAAUAGGAAUUAUUUUAAGAUGUAAAAAUUUUUAAAAAUUUAGUUAGUAGAAAAUUUAAAAAAUACUUUCAUUUUCCAUUAUAAAGAAUGUGAUCAUUAAUAUAUCUUAUGUUAUGUAGAUUCGACCAAAAAAGUAGAAUUUAAAAGAUUUGUUUUCUAUGAUCCUAAAACAUAAGAAAAUGACGAUUUUAGAGAUUAUUAAGAAAUUGUAUAUUAGGAUUGGGCAUAUUCUAAGAUAUAUGUAAUAAGAAAAUAAAUUACAUUUACUGAUUGCAAUUUAAUUAUAUAUGAAUGGUAAUUUAUUAUAAAUUAUAUUUAGCCACAAUAUAAAUUUUUAAGAUGCAAAAGAAUUAACAGAUGACAUUUUACACUAAAUUCCAAUUCAACAAUUAUAUAAAAUAUCUGAUUUCAAAAGUUCCUAUUAAUUGAUUGGCUUUCAUGUUGAAAUAAAAGAAAAUGAAAGCUUUGAAGGAGUAAUUUUAACAAAUAAAAAUUGGUAUUAAGUAGUUAAUCAAAAAAAAAAGAUAAGCCAUACAUAAAAUAAACAUAGUAAAGCAUUAAACGUUAAUACACAAUAAAAAUUUGUAUUUCUUAAGAUCAAGUAAUCAUAUUAUCUUUUUUAUAAACGAUUAUAAUUUUAAUAAGCAAGUGUAAAUAAGGUUUCUUAAAAUAUUGUUGAACUAAAAUAUUUGUUUUUAGAUUCAAAUCUUUAAUUUGUUACUGGAAAUACACUUGCAUAUUCAUUUGAUGAACCUUUACCGAUAUUGGGUCUGUAUGAUGGUUUUAUAAACAACAUUAAAUCUUUUGAAAACUUAAUUGAAAUACAAAUUUUGAUAAACUAAAACAAUGUUAUUUUCAAAUCUUAAAUCUUUUGUCAAGUUAAUUUAGAAACAAACCAAUUAGAUUUGCUUAAUGAGAAUUCAUAAAUUACUCAAAAGAAAGAAGGAUUUGCUAUGUUUCCUUUAAUCUAAUCAAACAGAAAAAAAGGAGAUUAUAUAGUUAAAUAAUCAAAGGAUUUAGCAGAAUUUUGUGGGGAAUGAAUGAUUUAAAUAUCACCUAUUAUAAUUAAGUCUAUCAGAG